AUGGUAGCCAGCCUAUCACCGCGCAGUCUUAUUUCGAGCUAUGCCAUGGGGAGGAAAAAGGGGAGAGUCUAUGGCCUGGGUGCAAAAAGCAUAGCCUUCGAGGUUGAGAUCUCCCGUGUUUCUAUAAGUUGCACCAGCUCGUCACAGUCGGAUACUAAGGAACGUGCUAGACAGGUCGCUAAUAUGAAUGAGAAGCUCCAUCAUAUGCGUGAAGACAACAACCAUGUGCUUGCAGCGAAAACAAGCAAGGAAUUGUUUGAGAAGGACAAAAGAGGAUACAUGGAGUGGUUGGACGCGCAGAAGGAACGGUCGGUGGUAUACGUGGCUGUCAGCAGCUUGACCCUACUAACUUUGCGACAAGUGGAAGAGUUGGAUAUGGAACUGAAGGUGAGUGGGCAGCCGUACUUUUUGGUGCUGAGGAAGGACAAUAGACCGGAAGGGAUUGAAAUGGAUGUGGCUUUGAAAUUAAGCAUCGGGAUGGUGGUGGAGUGGUGCUCGCAAGUGAGGGUGUUGGAUCACAAGGUUGUGGGGUGCUUUGUGACGCACGGUGGGUGGAACUCUACGUCUGAGGCAAUAGUGAAUGGGGUGCCGAUGGUGAUGCUCCCGCAGUGGAUUGAGCAGGUGACAAAUGCGAGGUUGGUGGAGGCGGCAUGGGGGAUUGGGGUGAAGGCGGAGGCAGGGGAGGAUGGGGUUGUGGAGGCGGCGGAGUUAAGGCGUGGUUUGGAUGUAGUGAUGGGGGAUGAUGAUAGGGCAAGGGAGAUUAGGAAGAAGGUUGGGGAGUGUAAGGAGAAGGCUAGAGCGGCGGUCGCACAGGACAGAUCAUCGUCUAAAAAACCUUAA